AAUUCAGUAAUAUAUCUAUAACGUACAUUCAAAACGUUUACAGAAAGAUUUGUAUUAUCUUUUAAUUUCAUUUUUUCGUGAGCCUUUUGAAGCACCCUCAUGUGUUGCUAAAUGUAGAUGCAGAAGAAACUGUAUGGUGUCUGGAUAAUUAAAUGAUAACUUGCAGUGAAAGAGUGCCUCAGAAAGUGACCGCAUUUUUACUGGGGUUGCCGUGUGUCUCUAGGAAGAAGAGGAGGGGUCAGAAGACGACAGCAACAUGAAGCCAGACUUCACGGUCACUCUGAAAACAGAUUUCAGUGCACGUUGCCUUCUGGACCAAUUUGAAGAUGAUGCCGAUGGAUUUAUUUCUCCAAUGGAUGAAAAAAUACCAUCAAAAUGCAGCCAGGACACAGGGCUUUCCAAUCUCCAUGCUGCUUCAAUACCUGAACUCUUGGAACACCUUCAGGAAAUGAGAGAAGAAAAGAAAAGGAUUCGAAAGAAACUUCGUGAUUUUGAAGACAAUUUCUUCAGACAAAAUGGAAGAAAUGUUCAGAAGGAAGACCGCACUCCUAUGGCUGAAGAAUACAGUGAAUACAAGCACAUAAAGGCAAAACUAAGGCUCUUGGAGGUGCUCAUCAGCAAGAGAAACACUGACUCCAAGUCCAUGUAAAGGGCUGGGCAGACGCAGAGAGAAUUUACUGUUCCCCUGGUAAAGAAGCUCUGGAAGGCAGCCUCGGAGCUGGCCCUGCAAAGCAUGCAGCCCUUCUGCCCCCAGGCCAUUGGGAUCGGCUCCUGUUUCUAGUGCCUGCCUUAGAAACUGCCUGGAUGGCAGAAGACAAUGGGACCUGACUUAGGAAUUUUGUCAUGGGAAAGUCAAGAUUCCUGUGCAUGCACGGGCUCGCGUGCGCACACACACAUGCACCGUAGUGGGAGCUUUGUUGACACUAGCAGUGAUGAAUCACUACAUUAGACACACUCAUAUACAGACAAUAUACACUGUUCUUCCCUGGAUAACUGAGAAACGUGAGACCGUUCUCUGUCUAACUGUGAUAAAAAACGAGCUCAGGACUUGACUCUGUAGAGCAAACUUGCUGUGGAGGUCCAUGUUCUCCCUGGACCCAGUUGAGUGUGAUCAUGCGUUGGAGCCCUCUUUGCUGCCUUGGCCAUCCUAGCGACUGUUCCACACAGCUGCGCCUUUCCCACUCUUGUGAAUUGUUUUCCCCUGCAGCUCUCAGGUAGAGGGAACCUGCAUCUGCCCACAUGGCGGUGCAAUCUGUUUGAAGGGGACGUUUCCUCAGAACUUCUGACAAAGAAUUUUGCUCCCUGACUAGGACUAGAUCACCUGCAGAGGACAGAGGUGGUAGCAGCAGCUACAUGGAUGCUGAUUUUAAAACCAGGGAGCAGGGCGAAGAGCCUGGAGAUUCUGUCCUGAACACUGACUGCACUUGCCAGUCUCUGAUUCAACCUCAAACACUAAGCGAGGCCAGCAUGCUUAUGGCAACCUGUUUGACUUGAGUUCUUUGUGGCACUAGCCAAACAGAAAGGGUCUUGCUUAAUUCUUAGCCUAAAUAUAGAGGAUCAUGGGAGAGAGGGAGCCUGUGUUCUAAGCCUCCUGAGUACUACCCAGAAUUUAAUUUUUAAUAAAAAGAAAAAAAGGUAAACCUGCACUAAAAUCUCCAAACUGACGGGUAAAUGUAGCCUCAGAGCUCAACCCAAGGCAGAAUCUAAAUCACACUAUUUUCAAGAUCGUGUAUAAAAAGAAAAUAAAGUAAUGGUGUGUGGCCAAUUAUGAUUAUAAUUUUUUCAAGGACUGUGUCACAAAGCUGUCUAUAUUAGACAUUUUAGAGGGACCAGGGAAUUUAAUACACCAAAUUAUUCAUCUCUUCAGUGUGCUCGACUUUGCUUUGUGAUUUGUUGUUACUUUUUAACCUCCUAUGUCUGCGCUGCAGAGUGGGCUCUGGGUCCGCCGUUGAGCUUUGUGAGAGCCAGCACUGGUGUCUGCUCAGUCGGCCGUGGCUGACAAGAGAAGGUGUUUCAGCAGCAUCUGCCUUUUUAAGAUAAUGUUGCAGGAUGAACAGAACAGCAGGGAUGCCCUCCUUUAUGUUUUGAGAGUUGCCUUCCUAAAGGGUACAAUUUUGUCUUUUGUUUUAAUAAAAAGAGAACCUAAACUGUACUGACCAGUAAGUUUUAAAAAUGGGUCUUGAGAAACUGUCUGGUCAGAUUGGAUUUACAGCAAGAUUUUCUUUCUCUUCUGUCAGAGAAAAUUCGUUUAAGUCAGGGCUGGGGGAAAAAGAAUGCUUUUAGGUUUGCUCUUAAAAAUAAUCAUGUAGAAGCAUGAGCUAUGUGUUGGAAGUGCCCUGGUUUUAAUCCACACACUUAAAGAUGGUACAUAAUCCUACAGAUUUAAAUGUACAUGAAAAUAUAGUUUGGUAUUCUUUGCUCUACUGUUUACAUUGCAGACUGCUAUAAUUUCAAGGAGUUAUAUUAUUAAUAAAGUGAUGCACUUUAGGACAUUUUCUAUUUUUGAAAUCUGAACAUGAAUCAUAUACAUGACCAAAAAUUGUAUUUUUUAAAAGAAAUACAUGUCUAGUCUGUCCUUUUUAAGUAAUUGGUCUCUUAAAUAAGCUAUGAUAUAAAUCAAAUCAUUACCAGUUAACUUUUAAAGCACAUCUUAAGAGUAUUGUUUUGAAAAAAAAAAUUAUAGAAUUUUUUUUUUAAAGCUACAUAUAAAUGAGAAGCAACUAAAUGUUUUGAAAUCUGUUGUUUCUGCCUAAGGUAAAUUAACUAAAAGAUUUAUUCAGGAAUCCCCUUUCAAAUUUGUGUGAUUCAAUAAAAAGAAAAAAACACCAAGUUAUAGUAAAAUAAA